AGGGCUUUAUAUCAGGAAUAGGGUGCCAUUUGUGAUGAGGAAGAGUCCGUCUGCACUGUCUGUCACAGCUUUUAUGGAGGAUGAGCAAUUGAAAUAUGGCUUUGGUGACAUAGCAGAGAUCAGUAGAGUUGACCCUGUGGCUGGGAUGUGUCUGAUAGAUAGUGUCACAAGAUGUAGUGGCACUAAAGAAGGCACUAUAAUAAAAACGCAUUAUGUAGCCGUAUACAGUCAAAUAGAAAUACAACAAUCACUAGAUAGGUGCAGUGAAAUGUGUUGUUUUACAUUGGUCAGCAAUAGUAGUAUGGCACCUCUGGAGCAAAUUAGGGUUAAGUGCCUUGCACAAGAACACACAGACACAUUUUUCACCUUGCUGUCGAAGGGUAUUCAAAACCGUGACCUUUCGGUUACUGGUCCAAUAGCUCUAAACGCUAUGCUUCCUUCUGCCCUUAAUACGUACUGCAGGCUCCAAGCAUUCAUAAAGUCUGCAUUAACUGUUUAUGCACAUCCAAAAUGGACAAAGUAAGAGGAUCAAGAAGGCUGUGUUAGAAUUCAUGUUGCAAGGUACUCUGGACUCUGCAGCAAACGGAACUUGUUAGGAACACCUCAUGCAACUGAUAUUACACCCCAGCACAAGGCUAAAUGUUCCCCGUAAUGUAAUAUGUAUGCAGGUAAUACUUAUGCCUACACAUUCUGUGCAUUUGAAGAAUGCUGUGUGUGCGCGCAAUGCAAAGUGAAACCUUUUUUUGUGGUCCUCCUCCUUCCAGGGUGUUGAUGCCGGUGGUGCGGAGCUGUCUGAUGGCCCUGCCCUCUGUCCAGGUGGUCUGGAGCAGCCUUACAGACAUUUUUGUCACCCCCCUCUUCCACAGUAUGGGCAGGUGUCUGUCCUCUGUCCACGUCAAGGCCAUGGACAUCUGAUAGAGUCUUUCCUUCCCUGUUAUGGGGGUUAAGAAGUUAAAGGACAUCUUCACUUCUUUUUUUUCUUUUUUCUUUUUUUUUUACCUAUGUCUAAGUGGAAAAACAAGUAAAUAAUUUGAGGUAAACUUAAAAAAGUGAAGAUGUCAUUGACCUAUGUUUGCGUUGAAAUAAAUAAGCUGUUUAUAAAGUCAACAUCGACACACCGUGUGGUGGAAUUGUGGUAGAGCAUAUAAGUGCAACUGAUAAGUUACGAGCGCUCAUAAAGGGUGAUUGGGGUCAACUUCCCUUUGACAACGCCACAGCACCAUCUGAGUAAUAAGAUGAUCCAACAUGAUCAUUUAUGUCAUUUGGGAAUUUCAAGAUUCUCAUGAUAAGUCGUAA